CUAAAAUGCUAAAACCUACUUUCCCAAAUCCUAUGCGAUACAUCUCUCACCCUCCCUCUCGAAACUUCUUUUCUUUUCCUCUGCAACAGUGGCUAUCAUUCUCUUUUCUAUUCUCUUCAUCUUCUUUUUCUCCAUUGAAGUCACACUAAAUCUCACCAUAAAAAAAACAUACGCACAUGAAGGAAAAUUAUGGCAAUCAAGUGGAAAGGCUUUUGGGAUAAUUUUGGAGGCUUAGGGUUUGUGCUCUAAGGAAGGAGAAGAGUACCCACUCCUACAUAAUUAUUCUUUCUAUUUCAUUGAGAUUUGACGGCGAGUGGAUCGUUCGAUGGUCGUAGGAUUGCUGAAAGCAAUCGUGGCUAUUCUUCAUAGUUCUUUGAUGAGUAUUGGAAAGCUGAUUUUGAGACAGUUGAUGAGACUUGAUAUGAUUUGAGAAAAUGGUUUUGGGGAUCCUUGAUAGAACCCCGUAGCCGUUAGCGGAGGUAACGGUCUAGGUGCACCUAACUAGUUUGAUUCCGGGAGGAGAGGGCUAUCCGUUAAAUGGAGCCGCCAGGGCACGGACAGGGCUAUCAACGAGAUGAAGCUUCCUCCGAUGAGAUUAAUGAGAUAUGACAUGAUUCCGGGUGGAGAGGGCUAUCCGUUAGAUGGAGCCGCCUCUUGGGUAAGAUAAUCCUUAAGAGGAAAGGGCUAUCAACGAGAUGUAGCUUCCCCCGAUGACACGAUGUGACUUGAGAAAGGAAAUGGCUAUCCGCUAGAUGGAGCCACCCCUAUCGGAGAGGGCAUCCCUUAGGAGGAGAGGGCUAUCAACGAGAUGGAGCCGCAUCAUGGUUCUACAUAUUCUCAGACCACUAAGUAGCAGGCCCAUGUCAGAAUCAAGUCGAUCGAUUAUUUUAUUGGAAGAAGAGUUAUUGAAGAAUAAGCACCUGGAGGAGGUAUCUGAUAUGGAGAAUAAGCGACCUUACCCAAGACCAACUCCAUUCUGUUCAUUGGGGGAAAGUUGCGGCUGGUAGGCCCGCCUCCUUUAUAUUUCUUGGAGUUCAUAUUGUUUGGCUGUCUAUCUUUUCUAUACCGGUUUUUCCUGAUUUUCAAAAGGGGUUGAAACUCAUAUUAUGUGUUUGUUCUCCUUUACAUCAUCGUAGCGAAUAAUUAUGUUCCAUUUGGUAUGGUGAAGUACAUUAGUCCCAAGAUAGAGGCUUAGAUGUAGGGUUUUCAUUGAGUACCAUUUUAUCCCAUGAAUUCACAAGAUACUGUUAGGACAUUUUUUUUGAGAUCUUGCAAUCAAAACAGUUAGUAGUGAAGGCUGAUAUGAUUUUAGGCAUUAUCGAUGUUUACGUUGUUUAUCAUAUGCUUUUAUGUUGUAUAUCUCGGUCUAAUUCUGAAGUUUGAUUUACUUUGAAUUGUACUAUUUGCAACCUUCUUCUUUUCUUGCUCUUUCUUUUAAUCUUAUCAAAUAAUACUUUGGAUGAUGCACUCAACGUGGUUAAUUAUAUGCUUAAAUUGAAAUUGAGUUUCCAUACUUUGAUUUCCUGGCUACAAUUGUUCUAUUUUUUUUCUCUAAUGAAUAUUUGUUUUGCUUUGUUGCACUUUGGCGACGGGGAGUGCCGGCAUUGGAGCGGAAGAGAUGGGAGGGUGCAACUUCGCCAUUCUUGGUCGAAUGACAGGUUCCAUACGCAGAUCCAAAAUUCCGGUGGUGGAUAUAACCAGUGGAAGCGCCCAGAUCAUGUGCAGCGGCGAUCAACAACCAAUUUCCAGCGAGAAAGAGGAGCCUCGCGUUCGCUGCAACAAAAAAAUUUUCAGAACAGGUUCUCCACGCCUUUCCAGCAUUCCGGUGGUGGACACAAUCAGUGGAAGCGUCCAGAUCAUGAGCAGCUGCGGCGAGCACCAAUCAAUUUUCGGCCAGGGGGAGGAGCAUCACGUUCACUGCAACAAAAACACGUUCAGACAACUUCUAAUCAACAACAGGAAAGACAGAAGUCAAAAGAACAAGAGGAGUCUUUUUCUGUUUUUGUUGAUGGCCUAGGUGAUCGGAUUACCUUGGCGAAAUUAAGCGCAAUUUUUGGGAGAGCAGGAAGAUUGAGGAACGUGUUUAUACAAUUUAAGAAGAAAUUCCAACGGCGCUUACGAUUUGGCUUUGUGCGCUUUCAUAGUGAUGAUGAGGCAUGGACGGCGAUUCGAAUGUUUAAUGGCCUAUGACUAGAAGGUAAUUACCUCGUGGUACAGAAAGCAAGGAUUCAGAAAUCUCCUCGGUCGACAAAGGUGCCGUCUCUUGAACACCAUCAAUUUGAAAUACAAGGGAAGGUUUGGAGACCAAAGUCACUGCCUAAGCAAAAUACCUCUGUACAAGAUAGAACCAAGGAGAAUGACGAAUCUGGAAAAUUGGUAGCAUGUCAAUUGCGCUUCACAGCCGCUGAUUUGGAUGAGUCUUGGUUCCAACGCUGUGCACAAGCUCGUACACUUACGGCAAAGCCCGUUGAAGUUAUACAAGAUGACUUGGCAAAGAUAGGACUGUACAAUUUCCGUUUGAUUCCACUUGGUGAUAAGGAGGUGCUGCUUGAGUUUGAGAAUAAGGAAGAGAUGAUGGAAACAAUUUCGGAGUGUGGCAAUUUUUUGGUGCAGGAACUUUCUGAUGUUAAACCCAGCACAGUUCUAACCUUUGGCACGGCACACCUUGUUUGGGUCCGACUGUGGCAAGUACCAUUGGGCUUAUGGACUGAAUCUUUUUUCACUGCUAUGGGUAACAGAUUGGGGAGCUUUGUGGAGUCAGAUGAAGAUACCAAGUUACGACUCAGAGCCGACUAUGCACGCAUCUUAAUUCGAAUGCACCAUCCCCUUCUACACUGCUUUACCAUGGCUGUGGAUGUGAAUGGUGUUUCCAGUAUAAUUUUGGUCGAAAAGGAUGAUGUUCCCUAUGAUUACGGCAUGGUUCAUGGUAUGCCGUCAACGCCGUGGAAAAUCUACAAUUCAGAGGAGGAUAAUGUUACUGAGGAUGAUGAGGAUUAUAAUGAUGCUAAAGAGACAGAGGCGGCCAGGCAUGUUGAUGUUGUUACAAGCCCCAACGACAAGGAUUAUGAGUCCCCUGUUGACGUCGAACCUGACGAAGAAGAUGAAGUGUACAGGAAUGAGAGAAUGGAGGGUCUCAAAGUGAUCCUGGCUAAGUCGCUCUCCAAGCAGGAAGAGGAAGCUCUUGCGAUUGAUGAUGAUGGUGGCUGGACGUCGACACCGGAGGUAGUGGUGCUUCCGAGGAUGGCGUCGGCGCCGGGAUUGCCUGAGGCGGACAGUUUAAUUUCAAAUUCCAACGUGAGUAAAGAGGCCAUCAAUACAGAGGAGAUUCAGAAGGAACAGUUACAGGUCUUGCUUGACUCAGGUUAUACGUUACAAGAACUUGAAGGCUGGAGGAACAAAACAAAUGCAGCUGAAAUCACGUUAAAAGGAAAUCAUAUCCUUAAUGAGGUUUUUCAAAAUUCUGAUUCAAAUAACAAUAAAAGAUAUUCAGUUACAGGUUAUUCUUUUAACUCACAGGAUUUGUUUCCUAAUUAUUAUUUGCCUUACCAAUCUACUAAGUGGGACCCGUUCCGAGUUCAAGUUCAAGUUCAAGGGCUAAAACCAUGUUUGCCUCACGGUUUAAAUCAAAAACAAUUUAUUAUGCCCACUUUAGCUUCUCAGGAGAAGAACGACGUUGAUGUCUUUGUGCAUACAUCUCCAAAUCAAAUUGUCAGGCAGCAAUUUCCUUUUGUGCGUGAGAGCGGUCCAACACAAACACCUCAAAAAAGUGCUCUACCCCUUACGUGCGUGGAGGCCGACGCACCAGAGACACCAGCAGUCGUGAUCACCCCGAAUACAAAUUCAUCAAAGAGAAGCUCUCAGCGAGGGCGUCCAAGGGGAAGCAAAAAUAAACCCCAAUCCUUGCCUGCGGGUUUUUUAGAGCCUGUAGCUGGUGAAGACGGUGUGUCGACUCGCGCGCAAAGAGCUUGGCUGAUAGGGAAACAGUUGGGUCUUAAACCAAGAGGGUCGGAAGCUUUGAUGCUGAGAGGCUUAGAAGCUCAGAUUCGUGAAAACCAUCCCCAUCUCAAAUAGUUAUGUCAAGGCCUUGGCUCACUUGGAAUAUACGGGGCUUAGGAGAAUCAUCGAAAAGGGAGGCUGUGAAAAAAGCAGUUUUGCAUUUGAAACCAUAACUUCAGUUGCUUCAGGAAACAAGAUUAAAUAAUCUGCGACAGCAUAUUGUGGAGAUUUGGACGCAAGCUUUGUGUAUGAGUCAUGUUGAUGUCAGAAUCAUGAUUUAUUUUCUUGACAGUGAUAAUACAAAGUUUUGAGCAGUUAGUCUUAGAGCGCAGAUUAUGUUUCGAGGCUUUGAAAACACAUGUACUGAACCAUGAUGGAUUGGUGUUUUUGUGAUUUUAUUGCUGUACUGUUGGGGUUUGGAUGCUGGUGAAGAAGCCUUUCAGCAGCUUGUACAGGAUAGUAAUUUAGCUGAUUUGCCUUUAGCUAAUGGGGAGUACACUUGGUUUUCAAGUCGCAACUAUGGUUUGUGGAGUCGUUUGGACCGCUGGCUGGUAUCUGAUGAGGAUGUAGGAGGAUUGGAGGAUGCAUCAAACAUGGAAUUGUUGAAGUUAAUAAUGUUCCUGUAGUUUUUGCCGUUGUUGUUGGCUGCUGUUACUGUUGUUGCUAUUUCUGGUUUGCUGUUGCUGCUGAACUUGGUGCUGUUGCUGUUGGUUGGUGCUGUUGCUGUUGAAUUUUGCUGUCGUUGUUGUUGUUGGCUGCUGUUACUGUUGUAGCUGGUUCUGUUUUGCUGUUGCUGAUUUGCUGGUGCUGUUGCUGUUGCUGUUGCUGAAAUACGAAAAUCACAAAUUUGGAAGAAUGUUGAUGUUAUUCUGUUGUUGUUGCUGUUGUUUGCUGUUUGAUGUUAGCUGCUACACGAAAAUUAUCAGUCUGGCUCUUCUGGAAUCUUUAUCUUCAUGUGUGUCACUCAGUUACGCUAUUUUAGCUUUUUCAUGAUUGUAGGGGUUGAUUUCUAUUGUAUCUUGAUGCAAAAUGGCUAUCCUAAGUCUGUGGUACUCUUUUUCCUUGCUAGGUUUUUAUCCCAAUGGGUUUUUCCUAGUAAGGUUUUAAUGAGGCUCUUUCUUGGGAUUACACUUUUGCCAUUUUGCGGGUUGGUGGUGGGUUUUGGUACCUCAGACUCAUGUAACUUUGUACUUCGCCUGUUUUGCUUCUUUGGCUCAGGCUUACUUAUUAUUAAUAUAUCUUUCAUUUUCAA